AAUUUUAGAUACAGACAGCAGAGAGUGUUGCGUAAAAAUGAAAGAAAAAGCGAGUAAUAAAAAGAGCCGCACCUACUGAGUCACGCGCGUUUCCAAACAAACGAAACUUACACGUCAAAACUUGAGCGUGUUGUUUGAUUCCAGAAAAAUGGCAGACGACCUGGACGAUCUCAUAUGUUUCGUUUGUCUGGACUACUUCCGAAAUCCAGCGAUUAUUCCUUGUGGACACAGUUUCUGUAAGGACUGCAUCACAGGACUGUGGGAUCGGGAUGUGUGCAGAUGCCCUCAGUGCAGACAAACCUUUCCCGACAAACCUGCUGUCACUGACUGGCUGCAGGUGAAAGAACUUUCUGAGAAACUGCUGAAGAUGAGGACGGAGGCGGAGGAUGAAGAUGCUGAAGCUCAUGAAGUGAGCUGUGAUUCCUGCUCCUCCAGAAGAAGCAAAGCUGUGCGAUCCUGCCUCACCUGUGUCUCCUCAUACUGCAGCGACCACCUGGAGAAACACAAUGAGCUCCUCGGAUGGAGGAAACACCUGCUGACUGAAGCCACGGAUCUGAAGAGCAAAACCUGCUCUCAACACGAGAAACUGAUCGAUGUUUUCUGUCGCACUGAUCACAAGUGUGUGUGUGUGUUGUGUGCAGUGUAUGAACACAAGAAUCACGACACCGUCUCAGCGUCUGAAGAAAGACGAAACAGACAGAGGAAGUUAAUGGAAACACGUGAGAAGUUUCUGCAGAACAUCCAAGACAGAGAGAAGGAUUUGAACGAGCUAAAGCAGGCGGAAGAGUCUGUCAAAUGUUCAGCACAGACGGCAGUCGCUGAAAGUGAGCGUGUCUUCAGCGAUGUGGUGUGCGCCGUUCAGAAAACACACGUCAGCGUGAAGGAACUGAUCACAGAGCGACAGAGAGAUGAACUGAGUCACAUUGAAGGACUUCAGGAGAAAGUCCAGCAGAAGAUCUCACGCAUGAGGAUGAAGGUGUCUGAGCUCGAUCAGUUCAUGACCACUGAAGAUCACAUUCACUUCCUGCAGAAUUACCCAUCUGACUGUGAAGAAUCCACGUCUGAAGAAUUUCAAGAUCUUUCCAGCAUUUCUGAAAAUCCAAAAGCAUUUUUUCGGAAUGUGGAGCUGCUGCUUUCUAAAAUGCAAGAGCGUUUGCUGGACGUCACCAAAGAGACCGAGAUCAAGAUCAAGUCUGGAGAAGCCGAUGCACCUGUGUCACUGGCUGCACUUUUUGGCAAAAAAUAUGGGCAGUGGGACUGUGAAACCUGUCUGCUGGUAAAUGAAGGCACGUCUGGCUAUUGUGCGUCAUGCCACGGGCCAAAGCCAAACAUGAAAAGCGAAAGCCCUUCGGCACCUGCGUUUAAGUUUUGUUUUGGUCGUUCAGGAUUUAAAGAGCCUUUAGAAUCAGAUCUUAAUGCUCAGAUAGAGAAGAUCAAGGAUAAAGCAUCGCCAGCGGACUUCACUUUUGAGCCGUCUGCAACCCGCAAAAAGAAUUCAGCGUUUUCAUUUUCUAUUCCAUUUCCUAUCCCUACUGCUGAAUUUAACUUUGGCAGCGUGUCUUCAUCUGGUUUCCAAUUACAUGCUGAGCCCAAGAAGACAGAAACAGAAAGAGUGAAAAGUAAUUUUGAUGAACCCAUUCCCACUAGCAGCACCUUCAGUUUUACAGACUUGCUGAAGACCUCCCAAGGUUCUGCUCAGGAGGACCAGAAGAAUGUUUUCCGUUUUGGGGAAUCAACGACAGAAUUUAACUUCAGUUUUCAGCAUGUUCCCCUUAAAUCCACAUCUGUGGAGGCUUCCGGCUCAGAUCAUGAAGAAGAAGCAUGUAAACAUGAAGACGAUGACACUCUGGACUUCGAGCCGGUUGUACCGUUACCUGAUCUAGUCGAGAUCUCGUCUGGAGAGGAGAAUGAGCAAGUCGUUUUCAGUCACAGAGCCAAACUCUACCGCUACGACAAAGAAUUACAGCAGUGGAAGGAAAGAGGCGUAGGAGAACUUAAAAUACUUCAGAACAACGAAAGCAGACGUGCAAGACUCGUGAUGAGGAGAGAGCAGGUUCUCAAACUAUGUGCGAACCACUGGAUCACUACAAACAUGAAGCUGGAGCCCAUGAAAGCCGCUGAGAAAGCCUGGACGUGGAGCGCCUUUGAUUUCGCGGACGGAGACGGCAGCGCUGAGACGUUAGCCGUGAGGUUUAGACUACGGGAGACGGCGGACGCUUUCAAGAAGAGCUUUGAAGAAGCAGUGAUCACUUCAUUCAAUGGAGCAGAAAGAGAAGAGCAGAGCGCUCAGGAGCGGAGUGAUGCUGAUGUUCAGAUCGUGUUUGAGCGAAAGCCGACAGCAGAUCAAGCCGAACUGGCAGCCGGACUGAUGCUUCCUCACACCUUCUUCUGUUACAGAAAUGAUCCGGGACACGCAAGCCAUGAGGAUGAUGAUGAUGAUGAAGAUUUUGAAGGUGCUGUGAGAUCUCUGAAAGGAAAGCUGUAUCCUGAUGCGCUCGCUGGUUGUGACGCCGGAGCUGCAACAGAGACACAAAAUCACGAGGAAGAAGAGAAGAAUGAUGAUGAUGAUGAAGCAGUUAACAAUGUGGAGCUUCCAUCGGUUGAGGAGAACGAAGAGGAGAUUUUGUUCAAGCAACGGACCAAACUGUUCCUGUGGGACCGUGAUAAUAACAAGUGGAAAUCCUGCGGUGCGGGAGACAUCAAGAUCCUUUUCCAUCCCGUGUGGAAGCGCUACCGUGUGUUUAUGUGUCAAGAGAAGGAUAAAAAACUGUGUGCAAACCACUGCAUUACCAGAACCACUCAUCCUAAACCUCUGCACACCAACGCGAACGCGCUGACCUGGACGGCUGCGGAUUAUUCAGAUGGAGAUGGUGUGAUACAGCAGUUUGCUGCCAAGUUUAAGACUCCAGAUCUGACUGAUUCCUUCAAAAAAACCUUAACAGACUGUCAGUGUCACGUGUCAGAGUUCAUGCAGCCAUCCAAAAGUAAAGCUGUUCCUCACGCUAAAUUUGAUGGGCGAUCCAGUCAUUAUAUAGAUCAGUCGUCGGGAAACAGCACUGAUGAGUCACAUUUGAUGUUAAACAAAACGAAACCUAAACGUCGAAGUUUCGUUUGUGGAUCCAGCAAAAUGGCAGCUAAUGCAGACGUUCCCAGAUGCUCCGUUUGUCUGGACUUCUUCCGAAAUCCAGCGAUUAUUCCUUGUGGACACAGUUUCUGUAAGGACUGCAUCACAGGACUGUGGGAUCGGGAUGUGUGCAGAUGCCCUCAGUGCAGACAAACCUUUCCCGACAAACCUGCUGUCACUGACUGGCUGCAGGUGAAAGAACUUUCUGAGAAACUGCUGAAGAUGAGGACGGAGGCGGAGGAUGAAGAUGCUGAAGCUCAUGAAGUGAGCUGUGAUUCCUGCUCCUCCAGAAGAAGCAAAGCUGUGCGAUCCUGCCUCACCUGUGUCUCCUCAUACUGCAGCGACCACCUGGAGAAACACAAUGAGCUCCUCGGAUGGAGGAAACACCUGCUGACUGAAGCCACGGAUCUGAAGAGCAAAACCUGCUCUCAACACGAGAAACUGAUCGAUGUUUUCUGUCGCACUGAUCACAAGUGUGUGUGUGUGUUGUGUGCAGUGUAUGAACACAAGAAUCACGACACCGUCUCAGCGUCUGAAGAAAGACGAAACAGACAGAGGAAGUUAAUGGAAACACGUGAGAAGUUUCUGCAGAACAUCCAAGACAGAGAGAAGGAUUUGAAAGAGCUAAAGCAGGCGGAAGAGUCUGUCAAAUGUUCAGCACAGACGGCAGUCGCUGAAAGUGAGCGUGUCUUCAGCGAUGUGGUGUGCGCCGUUCAGAAAACACACGUCAGCGUGAAGGAACUGAUCACAGAGCGACAGAGAGAUGAACUGAGUCACAUUGAAGGACUUCAGGAGAAAGUCCAGCAGAAGAUCUCACGCAUGAGGAUGAAGGUGUCUGAGCUCGAUCAGUUCAUGACCACUGAAGAUCACAUUCACUUCCUGCAGAAUUACCCAUCUGACUGUGAAGAAUCCACAUCUGAAGAAUUUCAAGAUCUUUCCAACAUUUCUGAAAAUACAAAAGCGUUUUUCCACAAUGUGGAGCUGCUGCUUUCUAAAAUGCGGAAGUGUUUGAUGGACGUCACUAAAGGCACAGAGAUCAAGAUCAAAUCUGAAAAAGUAAAAGUGAAGAAAAACUCCUCUCAAGGUUCUGCUCUGUGGGACCAGAAGGAUGUUUUUCCCCAUUUUGGGGAGCUGGUUGGAGGAUUUACCUUCAGCUUUCAACAUGUUCCUCUUAAAUCCACAUCUGUGGAGUCUUCUGGCUGGAAAUAUGAAGAUGAAGAUACUCAGUACUAUAAGCCGGUUGUACCGUUACCUGAUCUAGUCGAGAUCUCGUCUGGAGAGGAGAAUGAGCAAGUCGUUUUCAGUCACAGAGCCAAACUCUACCGCUACGACAAAGAAUUACAGCAGUGGAAGGAAAGAGGCGUAGGAGAACUUAAAAUACUUCAGAACAACGAAAGCAGACGUGCAAGACUCGUGAUGAGGAGAGAGCAGGUUCUCAAACUAUGUGCGAACCACUGGAUCACUACAAACAUGAAGCUGGAGCCCAUGAAAGCCGCUGAGAAAGCCUGGACGUGGAGCGCCUUUGAUUUCGCGGACGGAGACGGCAGCGCUGAGACGUUAGCCGUGAGGUUUAGACUACGGGAGACGGCGGACGCUUUCAAGAAGAGCUUUGAAGAAGCAGUGAUCACUUCAUUCAAUGGAGCAGAAAGAGGUGAGCGUCUGUAAUCCGCUGAUAAUAAAUGCAUGCUUUCAUUUCUAAUUGUAUGGAUCAACUGUUCUGUUCUGAUCUGGUUAUGUAAAACACUACAAAACUUUUGCCCAGUAUUUUUUUUGCCACAAUUUACAGUCUGCAGAUUUGAGUUGUUUUUUAGCUUCAGACUAAUUUCUGUUCGCUAUAGAAUUGCACUGGUAAAUGUAUUAUUCAAAUAUUCAUUUAUUUAUCUAUGCAUUUAUUUUAAUAAAAAAAAUCUUUAAUGAAAUCUUUUUGUUUAUUGAGUUAUCCAAAUUAAAUUGAAUUGUUUGAAUCUAUUUAUUUUAUGCAAAUGUGUAGAUUUUUUUAAAUCAAUUAUUUAAAUAUAAUUUGAUUUACUUUAAUCUUAAUCUUAAUUUUUCAUACCUUAAACUAACCUUGAAACUUUGUCAAGCUAUCAUUUAGUUUUUCUUAAAGGAGAAGUCCACUUCCAGAACCACAAUUGACAGAUAAUGUACUCACCCUCUUGUCAUCCAAGAUGUUGAUGUCUUUCUUUCUUC